UCAAAAUGUUAAGGUUCAAGUAAAUAGUAAAUAAAUCAAGUGACAUUUAUCAGAUUAAAAAUCACUAUUCUGUUGCAAGUAAACAGAAGUAACUUGACCAAUUGUUAAUAUGUGUCAUAUGACUAUCCAUGGGUCUUGGCUACCUGUUAAUUCGGCAAAAACAAGCGUAAAAUGCAUGUUUCAGGAGAACAAAUAAAGCUUGUGUAGAUCAGAUAUAUAUUGCACAAAAUAAUCAUGCCGUUAUGGUCUCGAGUGUCUAUACCAGGUAGUGCAAGGGUUUGUUUGACCAGAUUUUACUUUAUAAAACAAAACAUUGUUUCUCUUUUAACCUUGAAAUGCAAAUUCAAAGGAUUCUCACAGAAAUGCAUAACGAUGACCUGAGGGAUAAAAAUAUGAUGGGCUUACCUCAUCAAUCAGCUAUCACAUUGCUGAGAAAAUUCCAAAGUGGAUUAAAGAGAGAACAUUUUACAGUGUCAGGUGACAGUGCCAUAUCUGGCCAUGGAUGGAACCAUACAUGUGCAUACUUUUGUGUACAAGAACAUGUACAUGUAUCUACGUACAUGUAUGACCAGGUUCUAAUCAGACAGAUGAUGGGUUUUAGAGGCAGGUUGCUGCAAUGUGCCUGCAGAAGUGGAUUCCAACAGUUUGUUCGAGGAAAGGCUUCUCAAGCUGCAGCUGUCAAACCUUUUGUCUACCAAGACAUGCUUCAGUUUGAAAAUCAGCCAGACAUCAACUGGAAAAAACUCACAGGUGAUUAUGUAUCUACAUUUGAAGUCAAAGGGAAGAAAAUGUUACAUGUCCAACCUGAAGCUUUGACAUUAAUAGCUGAACAGGCUAUGGUAGACAUCGCACAUUUACUUCGGCCUGGUCACUUAAAGCAACUUGCCAGUAUUCUUACUGACCCUGAAGCUUCCAACAACGAUAAGUUUGUAGCAUUAGAAUUACUGAAAAAUGCCAGUAUAGCUGCAGAUAUGGUCCUACCUGGAUGUCAGGAUACAGGCACAGCAAUCUGUAUGGGCAAGAAGGGUCAGUAUGUAUGGACGGAAGGAGGAGAUGGUGAAGCUCUGUCUAAAGGUGUCUACAACACGUACAUCAACAGAAAUCUGAGAUAUUCACAGGUGGCUCCAUUGGAUAUGUACCAGGAGAUAAAUACAGGUACAAACCUACCGGCCCAGAUAGAAAUCUAUGCCACAGAUUCAAGCCAGUAUGACUUCCUAUUUCUCGCCAAGGGAGGUGGAUCUGCCAACAAAACCUUCCUGUAUCAGCAAACCAAAGCCCUCCUCAACCCAGAGAAACUGCUCAGCUUCGUCAAUGAGAAAGUCAAGACAUUAGGUACAGCUGCCUGUCCCCCAUACCACCUGGCACUGGUUAUUGGUGGUACGUCGGCAGAAUACAACCUCAAGACAGUGAAACUGGCCUCCACAAAGUACCUGGACACUCUUCCCACUACAGGGAAUGAACAUGGUCGUGGAUUCCGUGACUUAGAAUUGGAACAGGAGAUACAUACAUUAACACAACGUCUUGGUAUUGGCGCUCAGUUUGGUGGAAAAUAUUUUUGCCAUGAUGUGCGUGUCAUUCGUCUGCCGCGCCAUGGAGCAUCAUGUCCUGUCGGUCUCGGUGUGUCAUGCUCAGCGGAUAGACAGAUUGUUGGCAAAAUUACAGAAGAAGGAGUAUUUUUGGAACAGCUGGAAACCAAUCCUUCUAAGUAUCUACCUCUGAUUGAAGAGAAAGACCUAAGUGAAACUGUUAUUGAAGUGAAUAUGAAUCAGCCAAUGACUGAGAUGUUGUCGCAAUUAAACCAGUUCCCAAUCAGAACACGACUCAGUCUGUCCGGAACCCUGAUUGUGGCAAGAGACAUCGCACACGCCAAACUAAAGGAACGACUGGACAGUGGGAACGGACUACCUCAGUACAUCAAAGAUCACCCUGUAUAUUAUGCUGGUCCUGCAAAGACACCUGAGGGUUAUGCUAGUGGAUCAUUUGGCCCUACUACAGCAGGACGGAUGGACUCGUAUGUUGACCAGUUUCAGGCAGCUGGGGGCAGUAUGAUCAUGUUGGCUAAAGGCAACAGGAGCCGAGAGGUGACAAAGGCCUGUAAAAAACAUGGUGGUUUUUAUCUCGGCUCCAUUGGAGGUCCGGCGGCGAUCUUGGCUGAAAACUGUAUCAAAAGUGUGGAAGUCAUGGAAUAUCCAGAAUUAGGUAUGGAAGCAAUAUGGAAGGUAGAAGUGACAAACUUCCCUGCCUUUAUAGUGGUGGAUAAUAAAGGCAAUGACUUUUUUAAGGAAUGGCAAGUGGAGUGAUAAUAUUCAAUUUGAUGAAGUUAUAUUUAUAAUCAUGUGGAAAUUGAAACCAGGGGUUUAGAAUGAGAAGACAGGCAUAGAAUAUUUUAAUUAGAAGUUUGAACAUACUUUCAGUUUUCCUGCCAUCUUAAAGUUAGUUGAUAAAAAAACUGGACUGCACAAGUUCUUGAUUAUAUAUUUUUAUUCAAAUCUUGAUCAUGUGAUGUAAUUCUUGGUCAUGUGAUAGAGCUCUAGAUCAUGUGAUAAACUUUGUGAUGUGACCAACACUGUUAUUAUUGGUGCAGGUGUUGUUUGACAAACAUUGAUUUUUAUCAGAAUAGAUUAUAACCAUAAUUUUCUGCAGAUUGCAGAUCAUUUCUUAAUGCAUGAUCUGUUGAUGUUUAUUAUAUAUAUAUAUAUAUUAUAUGGGUUUUUUUAAUUAAUUUAAUUCUGGAAUUUGUUUCUGGCUUUAUGCGAAAGAAAAUUACAGUCAUAUGAAAUAUCACAAACUGUGACAGAAUUCCAAUUUAUUUCUUUGAGAAAACAGAUCGAUUUGUUUUGCCAACUGGUAAAUAAGGUAAGAAUUACCUGUAUUGUAUACCAGUGACAACAUAUAAGUUUACAUCUGGUAAAUAAGGUAAGAAUUACCUGUAUUGUAUACCAGUGACAACAUAUAAGUUUACAUCUGGUAAAUAAGGUAAGAAUUACCUGUAUUGUAUACCAGUGACAACAUAUAAGUUUACUUCUGGUAAAUAAGGUAAGAAUUACCUGUAUUGUAUACCAGUGACAACAUAUAAGUUUACAUCUGGUAAAUAAGGUAAAAAUUACCUGUAUUGUAUACCAGUGACAACAUAUAAGUUUACUUCUGUUCUGUGCUAUCUGUAAUGGUUUUUAAGAGAGAUGUUUUAUUUUGGCGGUUCAGUAGCAAUAAGCAGGAAUUAUUAUACUGUAAUUUGAUGUGACGGUUUCUCAGUGAAUAUCUACAAGAUGAUAUUACAAUCGUAGGAAACUGUAGUAGGUUUAUUUCAGGAAAUCAUAGUAGGGUCAUAAAUGAUGGUGAAUUUUAUUGAUAUAAGGUAAAACUACAUACAUGUAUAUAUAUUUGUUUUCUGAUAAUAUUGUUGAUAUUUCUUCUAUGAAAUCUGAUGGAAUAAAUUUCUAUUAAAAUUC